CCCUUCUGAUAUCAAUAGCUGUUUAUCCUUGUAGAUCAAUUAUAGAGAUAUGCAAGACCAGAGAGGACUGGAGGAAGCUUCAGCUCCUAAAUUGCGGAAAAAGAAAACAUCACAACCAAAGGCUCCAGUGUUGCAAAAAGAAGGGAAUAAGGCAAAAAGGAUGCAAGAUGUGCGUGCAAUGCCAAUUCAAAAUGGGUUAACACCCACCAAAAGAGUCCCACCAAACGAAGUUUCCCCAUUAUUCCAAUAUGCUGAGAAAUCAACACCUGAAUUCUCGCCAGAUGCUUCCACUUCUGGAAAAGAAUAUCGGGCAUUAAGGAGAAAGUAUCUAUUGCUGGAAGAAGAAAGUUUUGGUCUUAAUAAAGAAUUGAGAGAAGCCGAAGAUGAGAUCAAGGCCCUUGAAGACGAGAAGCUAACACUCCUUGAUGAUCUUGUUGUGUUAGAAGGCCUGGUUGAUCCUUCAGAUAUUCAAUCCCAAGGCCAGCGAUUAUGAUGGUUUAUUUAAAAUGUGUUUUUCAGUAAACUGGGGAUAUAUACAGAAUUCUGUACAACAAUCCAACUUCUGUUAGCAUAAAGUUGAGAUUGUAACGAUGCAUUAUAUAACAUCGACUGGUUUUUUAUUGCACAAUGACCAAA